ACCACUGUAAAAGGUGUCGCGGAAGGUUGCAAAAAGACGGUUUUUGCGUUUAACGCGUGGGACGAAACAAGCGCGCGAGCGUAGGGUGGUAAAGAUACAAGCUAUUCAAGAUGCUGCUGCUGUCGGUGGUGUGCUGUUGCCUGCUGGUUGGCGGAAGUUUCGCUGCACCGCUUGAUGGCCGACAAUCGGAGCUGAAGGACUUCACAUUCGACGAAAUCAUCCCGAACCGUUUUGGUUUACGUGGCUUCAAUGGUACCUGGUUGACAGGUGAUGAGUUGAUGUACCGCGAGUCGUCGACCGGAAACUAUGUGAAGUUCAAUGUUAAAAGCGGUACUAGCUCGGUGCUGCUGUCGGGAGAUACUUUGAGUCAAUGGGCGGGUGCCACGGUCCAAAUGAUCAAACCAGAUUUUACCAAAGCGCUCAUCCGGUAUGACGUCCGCACGGUUUUUAGGCAUUCCUCACUAUCCAAAUAUGCCAUCUAUGACACGGUUCAAGGCACUACUCUUCACGUAGCCAACCAGGAAGAAGUGUCCAUCUGUAUUGUUGCUCCAACCGGGCAAAGUCUGGCGUAUGUCAAGGACAAUAACGUGUACUACCGUGCCGCCUUGCUCGAAAACACCGAAAUCUUGCUCACCACAGAUGGUGUUCCUGGUGUAAUCUACAACGGCAUCCCGGACUGGGUGUACGAGGAGGAAGUGUUUGGUACGGACGCAACGCUAUGGUUCUCGCCGGAUGGUCAACGGUUGGCCAUGGCCAGUUUUGACGAUCGGGAGGUGAAGGAGUUCUCCUACCACAUCUACGGUAACCCUGACGAUCCCGAGCGUCAGUACCCGGAGGAGCUACGCAUACGCUACCCGAAAGUCAACACUACCAAUCCGACCGUGUAUCUGCGGGUCAAAAAUCUAGCGGCGGACACUCCGUGGGUCAACGUGCCGGCACCGGUCGCACUCGUGACCGCGGAUCAUGUGCUGGGAACGGUGAACUGGGCGUCCGCGAGCGUCCUUGGUGUAAUCUGGACCAACCGUAGGCAGAACGUGGCCACCUUCCAGAAAUGUAGUGCCAGCGAUGGCAGCUGCGUAGAAGCCAUCCGUUUUGAUAGACCAAACGGUUGGUACGAUCUGUACACACCACGCUGUUAUGGCGAUGGAGGAGAACGGUGUUUUCUGAUGGGCGCAAACAAUGGCUGGAAGGCGGUGCUCGAAGUGGUAGGUCAGAACGCCCCGAGAAUGCGCACUCCGGAGCGUUACACCGUCGCCUCGAUCAAUGGGUAUGAUGAGCAAACGCAAGCCCUCUACUACACGGCUGUCCCAGCUGAUGCACCUAAUCAUAGGCACGUGUUCCGGGAUGAUGAAUGUCUCACCUGCUCGCUGACCGACGACGAAGGUGUACCGUGUACAUUUGCAAGCGUGUCGUUCAGCUACGAUCUGCGCUACAUGGCAGCCACUUGCUCUGGACCAACACCAUCGUACACGCAGAUCUUCGCUACUACCAGCGAACCGGGCUUUGAGCCGAUCGAUUGGGAAUGGAACCUCGACCGGCGCGCCCAGCUGCAGGAGUACAAGAAGGUGGAGGUACGCGUCCUGCGUGUACCGGUUGGAGAAGACGGAUUUAUGGCAUCUGUUCGGCUCUACCUACCACCGGGCAUUGAUUUUGAUGCCGAUGCGACCGCGCCUAACGCAGAAAAAUACCCGAUGAUAGUGAACGUGUACGCUGGGCCGGAUUCGGUACGUGUGACCGAUAGCUUUGCCAUUGGGUUUUCCCACUAUAUGGCCACGACGAAGCGGACGAUCUACGCACAGAUCGAUGGUCGCGGUACGGGCAAUCAAGGAUACGAUUUUCUGUUUUCCAUCAACAACCGGCUCGGUACGUACGAGAUGGAGGAUCAGAUUGCCGUUGCACACUAUCUGCACGAGCGGUACGCGUUCAUCGACGCGAAGCGCACCGGAAUCUGGGGUUCCAGCUACGGUGGAUAUGCUACUGCCAUGACGCUGGAAAAGGAUCACCAGCAGGUGUACCGAUGUGGCAUUUCGGUCGCACCCGUUACCUCGUGGAUGUUCUAUGAUUCCAUUUAUACCGAGCGCUACAUGGGCGUACCCACGAGCAAUGCCAACGGUUACGUGCGUAGUGAUAUCAGUGGUUUUACGGACGAGCUGAAGAAUCACCUGUUCCUGCUGAUACACGGUACAGCCGACGACAAUGUGCACUAUCAGCAGUCGAUGGUUUUCGUGCGGGCAUUGUUGGAUCACGACAUCGAUUUCGACCAGAUGACCUACCCCGAUGAGGCUCACUCACUGUCCGGCGUGCAGCGACACUUGUAUCAUACGAUGGAUCAAUUCUGGGACAAAUGCUUCGCCUAACAGGUGUGCUAUCAGUAUUAGAUAACAUGUGACAUGCGCGGUUUUCAUGCUGUAUGAAGAUCUACCGUGCCUUUCAGAAUACAAGCAAGUAAAACAAGCGAUCUGUGGGUGUCAGAC